CACAUUCCUCACUGUGUGGAAGGCAAAAUAAAUUUCAAGUCCUUUCCCUUAGUUCUUCCUCGGUCAUGGGCCUCGAGCCCCUGUUGACGGGAUGAUCUUGACUCCUGUAGCCAGCGGCGUUCGAGCCCUCCGUGUCGAGGCGAUCCGCUCCCGCAUCGGGGGAAUGUCAGCUCCCCCGCACUGGGCGAUCGAACCUCGCGUCGGGGCUGGCCUCACCCGAGACUGCAAGCCCUUGUUGCCAAAUAUCCUGAGAUCAAGUUGUUGAUGGGACCAGAUCACAACCUAAAAUGGAUUGUCACCCUGAUGGUAGCAGUACAAGUUCUGGCCUUCUACCUUGUAAAGGACUUGGACUGGAAAUGGGUGAUGUUCUGGGCAUAUAUGUUCGGUGGGUGUGUAAACCAUUCCAUCACACUGGCUAUCCAUGAAAUCUCCCACAAUGCUGCCUUUGGGAACAAAUAUGCACAGUUCAACCGCUACUUUGGCAUGUUUGCUAACUUCCCUGUUGGCCUGCCGUACUCUGUCUCCUUCAAGAGGUACCACAUGGACCACCAUCGCUACAUGGGUGGGAAUGGUAUUGAUGUGGACAUUCCCACAAAAUUUGAGGGUUGGUUUUUCUGCACCAGGUUGAGGAAGCUCUUCUGGGUCAUCCUGCAGCCGCUGUUUUAUGCCACUCGUCCACUCUACAUCAACCCCAAACCCAUCACUCAUUUGGAGAUCACCAACCUGGUUGUUCAGUUAACGUUUAAUCUGCUGAUUUAUCAUCUCUGGGGAGCAAAACCAAUUGUCUACAUGUUGGCAGGAUCUCUUCUGGGAAUGGGCCUUCAUCCAAUCUCUGGACAUUUCAUUGCUGAACACUACAUGUUUUUGAAGGGGCAUGAAACCUACUCAUACUACGGGCCCCUCAAUUUAAUCACCUUCAAUGUUGGUUAUCACAAUGAACAUCAUGACUUCCCCAGCGUUCCAGGCUGCAGACUCCCACAAGUGAAGAAGAUAGCUGCUGAUUAUUAUGACAACCUGCCUCAGUAUUCUUCUUGGGUAAAAGUGCUCUAUGACUUCAUCAUGGAUGAUACUGUCAGCCCCUUCUCGCGUAUCAAGAGAACAGUGAAAGAUGCCAAACAGGACUAGGAGUGAACAUGUAAACUGAUGGAAUAAUCUGGCUUGCUUGCUUGGAAUAUUUUUACAGCUGUUUUUACAAAUCUUGUAUUCUAAAGAACAACAUUGUAUUAAGUGUAAUUGUACAAACCAUGCACUUGCAAACUUAAUAAGAAACUGUUUAAUGAAGUGUUUUGCCUGUUGAAUAGCUUUCUUCAGCUGUCAAACUAAUCACAGGAUGUUGAAAUGACUAGUGAUGCAAAAUGUCCAAAUGUAAAGAAAGAGGAAGUUUCAGCCAUGAACUAGCAUGUUGAGGCCUGUGUCUUUCGUUGUUGAGUUUGCCUCCAGUUUAUUGGACAAAGUUUAUCAACCAUGAGCCAUUUCCAUGGCACAGCCAUCUGAUUACCUCACCCUGGCAGGUCUGUCUUGUUCUCCACCUGAUUGUUUAACUUAGCAAGCUAGGCUUGAGUCAUGUCUAUACCCAGAGCAUAGACAAACCCAGAAUGGUUCACAACAGUCUGGGCUGUAACCUCUUCCUGUAGCUUGUGUUGCUUGUGGUGGUUAGGAUGCUCUUUGCAGUUGUGGAAGCUGCAGACACCAGCUGUGGCAGCUAGUUGAUUUAACAGAUGGGAGAGUUUAACAUUGAAGAGAUUGGGAUAGUUGUGAUGGCAACAAAUUGAAGAGUGGGGUUGAACCAUACAUGGUUUAAAACUUUAAUGAAGGGAACCAAGUUGGGUGUCAAAUUCAGUGGUGACCUGAAAGGAGAUUCUAUUCCUCAGCCCCAAAGUGUCGGAGCUAGAAUGUCAAAUGAAGGACAGUGAAUUCUUGAUCCUGGGUAGGUUGUUGGGGGAAAAUAUGAAGGCCCAGAUCUGGCCAUCAAAUUGGCAGUAAGAAUAGUUGUGUGGCUGAUGAAUUACACUCUGUGAGCUUCCUUACUGCAUCCCAGCUAAAAUUGCUGGCUGAUUCCUCUUCCUGUUUUUGACUACAAAGACAUUUCUGUACUAACCAAAGUUUGUUUUGCAUGUUUUUGUAUUGAUGCUUUCACUGUUCACUUUGCCAAAUGGGCAACAUCUGUGUGGUUUCAAUUUAAAAUAAAUGGCUUUUCUUCCAA